GCAUAGCAAUAGUGCAGUGUGGUCGUGACACAAUGGAUUAUAUCGUGAGAGCGUACGACAUAGUGUUCUAUGAACGAGCAGAUCCCCGCGUCCUAGACUGGCCGCUCAUGGGCUCACCAUGGCCUCUCUUCUUUAUCAUAACCACGUAUCUGGCCGUCAUCAAGAUUAUAUUACCGGCCUAUAUGAAGAAUAGGCCGCCUUAUGAACUGCGAAGCAUCAUGAAGUGGUACAACGUGGUGCAAAUUAUCGCUAACGCCGUUGUUACUUGGGGGAUUAUGACCUCCGGCUGGACAACGACCUACCACUUCGGCUGCGUGCUCCCCGACUACUCCCUCAACCCUGAACCGCUAAGGAUGCUCCGGUUCCUAUGGUGGACCAUCAUAUUGAAGCUCCUGGAGUUGCUGGAGACGGUGUUCUUCCUCAUGAGGAAGAAGGAUGGGCAGGCGUCGUUCUUGCAUGUCUACCAUCAUUGUAGCUCGCUCACUAUUAUUUGGGCCGCGACCAAAUAUGUUGGGGGUGGCAUAACGUCCUUCUCGCCCAUGAUCAACAAUGCCGUGCACGUCAUAAUGUACCUGUACUACCUUAUGUCGGCCGAAGGCAGCCCGGUAGUCAAAGCGACACUCAUAAAAUACAAGAAAUGGCUCACUAUUGUGCAGAUGAUCCAAUUCACAUUCAUGCUUGUGUACAGUGCACAAGUGUUCCUGCCGAGCUGCCCUGCGUCAAUGGGCAUGCCACUUCUAUUCUUCCCUAAUGUCAUAUUUAUUUACUACAUGUUUUUAAACUUCUUCAGGGAAAGUUACGUCAGGAAAGACAAAGCGGAAUUAAAUGGGAACAGAGUGAAGAAAUCUGAAUAAUUUAUUUAUUUUAAUGUAAGACCAGGCCAAAGACCCGCAUACUAAGGUGCAGUUGCACAUCUUAUAUGAUCAACUUUAACAAGAAAUAUAAAAUCUAAACUGUUUUUUGACAUCUUUUGUCUGACCUGUAUGCGUCCCAGACAAUUUGCAGUGUAAUUUAUAAUUUCAUGGUAAUUCAUUCAGUAGCACAUUUUUGUCAAGGGCAUACCAAGGGUUAAGAUGUUUACAAUUGUGCAGCCUGAUUAAAUUUUAUCAUAAGAUUAAGUUUCAUGCAAGCAAAUCAAUCAAAAUAACUACUUAUAAGUGAAAAAAUCAGGCGUUUUAUGGCCUAAUUUUUUUUCAUAGAAUAGUUUAACAUUGAUUCCUAUUUCAUCGACAAACUGAAACAGUCUAGAGAGUUAAUGCUAUGUACUUAAGUAGAUUUUAAGUUCACUGAACAAUAUAAAUGUUUUGAGUAGUUGUAUCAUUAUCUGUACCCUUCUAAUUAACAUGGAAUUCGGAAUGAGUUCAUUGUUUAGAUUCAUUAAUGGAAUUCUAUAAUAGUCAUUGUCAAUAGUAAUUCAAUGCAAUUAGAAAAAGUGUAAGGAAACAACAAGACUUAGUGGCUGAGUCAUAUCUUUACGCAUUAAUAACCACUGCUUUCUUUAAAAUAAAUUAUUAUUUUAAAGAUUAAAAACAAUAAAACUUUUUAAAACUA